UUCGCCUAGAGUUGAGCCUGAAUGGAAGUGGCGCGCCGCCGCUGACAUUACCCGCGUCCGAGCGGCUGGGGUUCGGACGCCGCCCGGGAUUCGGGUACCUCAGACCUCCGGUUCAGAGCGGCCCGCGAGGAGGCGGCGGCGAGGCGCGGCGAGCGUUGGUGGAGGGGCGGCUGUGUGCGGCCCCAAGACAUGGCUCACAACAAGAUCCCGCCGCGGUGGCUGAAUUGUCCGCGGCGCGGCCAGCCGGUGGCAGGAAGAUUCUUACCUCUGAAAACAAUGUUAGGACCAAGAUAUGACAGUCAAGUUGCUGAAGAAAAUCGAUUCCAUCCCAGUAUGCUUUCAAAUUAUCUGAAGAGUCUGAAGGUUAAAAUGGGCUUGUUGGUAGACCUGACAAAUACUUCAAGAUUCUAUGACAGAAAUGACAUAGAAAAAGAAGGAAUCAAAUAUAUAAAACUUCAGUGUAAAGGACAUGGCGAGUGCCCUACAACAGAGAAUACUGAGACGUUUAUUCGUCUGUGUGAGCGGUUUAAUGAAAGAAACCCACCUGAACUUAUUGGUGUUCAUUGUACCCAUGGUUUCAAUCGCACUGGUUUCCUCAUAUGUGCCUUCUUGGUGGAGAAAAUGGAUUGGAGUAUUGAAGCAGCAGUUGCUACCUUUGCCCAAGCCAGACCACCAGGAAUUUAUAAGGGUGAUUACUUGAAAGAACUUUUUCGUCGCUAUGGUGAUAUAGAGGAAGCACCACCCCCACCUCUGUUGCCAGAUUGGUGUUUUGAGGAUGAUGAAGAUGAAGAUGAGGACGAGGAUGGAAAAAAGGAAUCAGAACCUGGGUCAAGCGCCUCCUUUGGUAAAAGGAGAAAAGAACGUUUAAAAUUGGGCGCUGUAUUUUUGGAGGGUGUAACUGUCAAAGGUGUGACUCAAGUGACAACGCAGCCCAAGUUAGGAGAGGUGCAGCAGAAGAGCCGCCGGCUUUGUGGCUGGGAAGGGUCUGGAUUCCCUGGAGCACAACCUGUUUCCAUGGACAAGCAAAACAUUAAACUUUUGGAACAGAAGCCAUAUAAAGUAAGCUGGAAAGCAGAUGGUACUCGGUAUAUGAUGUUGAUUGAUGGCACAAAUGAAGUUUUUAUGAUUGAUAGAGAUAAUUCAGUGUUUCAUGUUUCAAAUCUGGAAUUUCCAUUUCGUAAAGAUCUCCGUAUGCAUUUAUCAAAUACUCUCUUGGAUGGGGAAAUGAUUAUUGACAGAGUUAAUGGACAGGCCGUUCCUAGAUACUUGAUAUAUGACAUAAUUAAAUUCAAUGCACAGCCGGUUGGAGAUUGUGAUUUUAAUAUCCGUCUGCAGUGUAUAGAAAGAGAAAUAAUAAAUCCUCGACAUGAAAAAAUGAAGACAGGGCUCAUUGACAAAACACAGGAACCAUUCAGUGUCAGAAAUAAGCCAUUUUUUGACAUCUAUGCGUCAAGAAAGCUACUUGAAGGAAAUUUUGCCAAAGAAGUCAGCCAUGAAAUGGAUGGACUUAUUUUCCAGCCCACUGGAAAAUACAAACCUGGUCGAUGUGAUGAUAUUUUGAAAUGGAAGCCUCCCAGUCUGAAUUCUGUGGAUUUUCGUCUAAAAAUAACAAGAAUGGGAGGAGAAGGGUUGCUUCCUCAGAACAUUGGCCUUCUCUAUGUUGGAGGUUAUGAAAGACCCUUUGCACAAAUCAAGGUGACAAAAGAGCUCAAACAGUAUGACAACAAAAUUAUAGAAUGCAAAUUCGAGAACAACAGCUGGGUCUUUAUGAGACAGAGAACAGAUAAAAGUUUUCCCAAUGCCUACAACACUGCCUUGGCUGUGUGCAACAGUAUCUCCAACCCUGUCACCAAGGAGAUGCUCUUCGAGUUCAUUGACAGAUGUGCAGCACCUUCUCAAGGACAGAAGCGAAAGCAUCACCCGGACCCAGACACAGAGCUCAUGCCUCCACCACCUCCCAAAAGACCUUUGACCUAAAGACCUGCCUCUGACUUCAGGACUGAGAGGAAAAUGAGUGAGAAAAAAUGCUGUUGUCCCAUUUUUUGCAACCAGAGAAAUUUAAAAAAGAAAAAGAGUGUGGCUUGAUGUUGAUACACAUUUGACUUUUUUUUUUUUUAAGAGAAGUAUUGUAGCCAGUCUGUAAAUAUUUGAUGUUUUUGUUUCCUCACUGCUACAGUACAUCGUGGACUUAAACGUUUUAUUUAUACCUGGUAAACUCAGCCUUACCUUGUGGAAUCUGAAGACUGAAAUAUCUAAAGGUUUAAACGAGAUCAAAAUCAAUGAAAAAGAGGCCUUGUUUAUAUAUGGAUAACUUUUGCUUUAAUUUAUAAAGUUAGCAAUCUGGAACUGUGAGUGCAUAGAACAUUGUCUUUUUUAGAAGUUGUAUUUCGACUAUGAUAGGUUUUCCUUUUAAAACAUUUAGGCAGUGGCAUUAAACAUUCUUGCUAUUAUUUAUCAUGGGUUUCAUACAUCUCUGAAAUUCUUGUAUUCAAAACCAAAUGACAAGGUUGUUAAAUAUUGUACUGUAUUAAACAACUUGGUCUGGCUUAUAUCAUUUUAAGAAAUUGUUUUGGAACUGUAAAAGUAAAAACGUAAAGCUCCAUUUUGUGAAUGUCAUCCUUUCUGAAGGAUAUAUCGAGUCUUUUCAUCUGUCUCUGUUGUUUGAACUGCAGUAUCAGACAGGUAGCCAGUCUGUCCACUCUGGCCGUGGUCUUGGGUCACUUCAUAGAACAUAGAGAUACACACCCCGUCCUGUGUGCGCUGUUCUUCUGGGAGACUCUUUUCAACGCCAGGGCCACUUCUCCCUCACCUCAGUGGCAUCGGCGCACUGUAAAUUACGUUAAAACACGCAGCUCACUGUGAUGAUGGGAGUGGUAUCAAAUACAUACACAAUGCUGUGUUAGUUCUUUUACACAAGGCCGCACAGGAAACCGGCUGACUCCUUUGAUCAGAAGGGAACGUCAGUGGAAGAGAAGGCUGUCACUGGAAAGCACUCUCCCACUGCCAGAUAAAUGCAGAGGCAGAGACUAGACAUCUGCAGGAGCUAAACGCGAAGGAAGCCAAGACAUUCAUUUUCAAAGCCAGAAUUUUCUCUCAUCUUCUAUUCUGGGAAUGCUAUUUCGGUUGUACAUCUGAAUUUUAACACAUUUACUGAUAGAUAAUGGAUUUAAAGAGUGGCUAAUUUGUCACAUGCCAUUGUUGAGAAACUGUGUUCUGAUUGGUUUGUCAAGGAACUCUUGAGAAUUAGCUUACUAGAGGCCAAUGUAUUUAUUUUUAGGGUACAGGUUUUAAGUAUGUGUAUUUAAAACAAAUGUUCAUGAUCUGAAUUUUAUAUAUGUAAAUACAUAUAUAUAUAUGUAAAUGCAUAUAUAUAUAUGUGAGUAUAGGCAGCAGUGUAUAUUCUUCUACUAAGAUAGUGAGACACGAAAAUCCAAACGAGUCACCUAGUAGAUUGAAUAGCUGAUAGGAUUCCUAUAUGAAACAGCACAGAUUAACCAAAAGUGUAUUUCUACUCAUUCGAGUUUUAAUGUUCUUAAACAAAGUUUUCUCCUGCGGUGGUUUUCUGUAUGAAAUGCUAGAGUCAUGCUUGGCCUUCUCGCUUUAUUGUUCCCAAGUUAUGUAAUGUGAAUUUGUUCAAAAUGUCAUUUUAGUGUUUCUUUCCUAGAGUACUUUUGUGUAUUUGAGUGCUACAGGGAUAAAAACAUCUGAUUGCUACUGCAACUAUUGAAAGGUAGAAAUUGGUCAAGGUUUCAUGGUGUCUUGUACAAAAUGGAUCUGAAAAGCCUGUGCAACUCCGGAUGGUCUGACAGCUGCUUCACCAGGAUUAGUGGCUCUCUUCACAAGGUGUGACACUUUCUUCCAAGCCCAUGUAAAGGCAGAAGUCUUUUGUUGAUGAGAGAGCAAGCCUUUGUCAGCGAUCUUUAAUAGAGUUAAAAUGUUUAUGGUAAUUGUAACCUUUUAAAUGAGCUACGUGGAAAGAGCAUCUCAUCUUCAGUAUACCCAGAUAUUUUCUCUUUGCCUUUGUGCAUUUUCCAGGACUUUAUUUUCUUAAUUUAUCUUUCCCUUUCAGUUGAAGUGAUAUAUAGUAAGUAGAUCCCAUUUAGCCCCUGAACACAUUACCAUCCAUAGUGUCAUAAAAAAUCAUCCAGAAAAUCAUCGGGGUGGAAGUCUGGAGGCACGAUUUGGGACGUCAUGAAGGAAAUACUUCCUGUCUCAGCCCACUUCCUAAUAACUGUUUUCUGACACUGACGUUUUGUAGACAAGAAUAAGAAAACUUUACUUUCCUUUGUUAUCACAGAUAAAAGAUUUUGCUUUGUGUUUGGAAAAGAUGUGGAAGACUCGACUGCCUGGCUGGUUACAUUUGCUUUCCGUGAAAUGCUCAGAAAAUGUCAGGACAUUCCUUCUCUAAUUGUGUGUCAGUGCAUAUUGUAAUAAAACUACUGAUUUAAAAUAA